AUGACCGAAUUGCUGCCGGAACAGGAAUUGAAACUUGCCCAGUACAAGGACAUCACCUCCUUUGAGGACGCUGACUUGGCACGCAACAUCGCGUUGCUAGAAGAAUGCCACUGGAACUUGGAAGUUGCGAUACCCCGCUUCUUUGACGGUAAUUUUGCCACUGCUACGCCGCCGGUCGAAGAAACACAGGGCGCACUCCGCCAGCGCCGCGCCUCCGGCCCCCAGAUAAUGAACUUGCAAGAAGACAUGUACAUGUACGACUCAGGGAUCCUGCCGCUCGCCUCUGCGCUGCCAAUCACGAACAUCUGGGAGCGAAACGUGGGCUUGAUACGACUGGAGGAGGUCAAACCGCCGUCACCACUAGUGGUGAUUCUCUGGUUCUUGCCCAAGACGUUGUUGUACGUGGCAACACGCCUCCUCCAGAUCCUUUUCCCCUGGUUAUUCAAUCUGAGCCAGGGGAACACAUUUCCGCGAGUGUUUGUUCCUCCCUUGAUCCUGGACAACACCAGUGUGAAGGCGCUUCUAGGUGAAGAGUUGGACAAAAGUGACAACGAAAAGGAAUCCCUGGCAGAUUUUAGUGAAGGGGAUUGGGCCGCAUAUGAACAUGAAUCAGUCAAUUGUAUUGAAAAGGAGUCUAACAAUGGGUUGCAAUAUGUUGAGACAAACUUCAAUGGGGUGUACGCUAAGUGCAAAAACAGGUUUGAAUGGCUCUUGGUGGUGGUGGUGGACGAUUCCGCGGAUUGCGCCCGGUUAGUGGCAUCUCUCGAUUCGAAGGUGUUCAGAGAGUACAUGGAGGAGCACAGGGUGAACCUAUUCUUGUCCCACGUGUACAACCCCGAGGGCUGGGAGGUUGGACAUGUGUACAAGGCAAGACAGUUACCGUUUAUCACAAUGCUUGCAAACGUUUCCAACAGGCCCGGUACCAUGCACUCGAUGUCGAUUGUGGCACCAGCGCGGACGUUCAACCACGGACGGAAAAUGACGGCAAAGAAGAUAAUAACAAAGGUGCAGCCGCUCAUGUUCCAAUACGAGCCGCAGUUGAUUGCCGAGCGGAUGGAUUUAAUGGAUGCGGAGUUCUCCAGACUGCUCAAGCAGCAACAAGAUUCCGCCUACGAAGCAUCUCUCAAGGCCGACAAGGCAAAGCAGGAGGCUAGAAAACAAAAGAUGAAGGAGGAGGAGGAGGCUAGAAAGGAGGAGGCGCAAGAAGAGAACGAGAGGGCAAACAGAGCUGCGUUAAGAGAGACAUUUUUACAGUUUAAUGUGCUCAAUUUCCCGCAUUUGCUCACCGAUGACAGCAGCUUGGUGCGGGAAAACUCGGCCAAUAUCCAGUUCAGGCUCGGUGACGGGUCGCGGAUCGUCAAGAAGUUUCCUAAGGAAACCACAAACUACGAAAUCUACUUGUUUGUGCAGUUGCGGUUGUACUUGAAUGCAGCCAAAGAGGGGGAAGAGGGGGAGGAAGCGGUUGUAGAGAGAAUUGCAGAGGUGUUUGACGUCUCCUCAGCGGAAACCAUCAGCGCGUACGACUUUGCGUUUGACUUUGAGUUGAUCCAACCGUUCCCAAAGGUCCGGGUCGAAGCUUGUAAGCAGGCUAUUGAGGCUACCAAGGAGUUGUAUCCGAGUGGGAAUUUGCUUGUGGAGCUCUUGGAUGUAUAG